AUGAAAGCAGUUAAGAUGUGCUUGAAGGAAUUCUUUCUGUAGAGUUAGAUAUAAGAACUAUAUAAAAAUGAGAAUUCUUUAAAUAGUCUUACACUCUAAUUUAUCUAGUCAGAAUUGGAAUAAUGUUAUUAAAAUCGAUAAAUGGCCAAGGUUAUUGUAUAAUUUAGGAUUUCUAUUGUGUUGCAAAUACUAAUAAAUUUAGUUUACAUCAUCAAUACUUGUUUGAUAUACUAUUCUCCUGAAAUAGUCAAAUAUAGAUCAAUAUAUAUAGUUUGGAUGUUAAUCUCACUUGCAAUAUAAAAGAUUUCUAAGACAUAUUGGAAUUCCCUAAUCAAUAUACUAAUUCUCAUUAAUAGUGUAUUGAAUGUGUUGCUAUAUGCCUAUUUUAUGAAAUUUGUUAUCAACACCUAAGAUAAUAUUGAAGAUGUAUUGAGUAUUUCAUUGAUCUCAGGAUUAUAAUAAGGAUUGUUCUCAAUAAGUUUUUUUUUAAUCUAGUCUAACUAUUUGAUGCAGAGUUUAACCAUCACUAGUUACUUUCUUACAUUGAUGGGAAUAUUUGAAUAAUUUUAAAAUAAUCGAUUAUGGUCUCAUUACAUUCUAUUGUUGUUUACCUGCUAUUUGUUAAGACAGAAUGAAAAAACAAGCAGACUGAACUAUCUUUUGAUUCACAAAACUUAAACUAAUUUAGAAGCAUGUAAAAAAUUAUUUGAUGAGACUGUUCCCGCAUCAAUUAUAAUAUUAGAAGAAAUUUCAACGUAAGAUUGCUAAAAAAAUGACAUGUUGAAUUCAGCAUCAAGUUAAAGAGAAUAAUUACACACUUAAGAAAAUAGAUCAAUGAAUGUCACUUACUUUAACAAAAGUGCUUCUAUUCAUUUUGAAACUAAUAAUGAAGAUACUCUGACAGAAAGACUAUAACAAAUAGAGAUCAUUAGUAUGGACAAUUCCAUUUUACAUAAAGAAAGAAGGAAAUUUAUUGAAAAAAUAUUAGACUUAUAAUCUAAAAUUUAAACAGAAAUUUAAUUAAAUACUUAUCACCCAUUUGAUUAUUAACUUAUAUCUUUACAUCAUAAAAUGUAAUGUUAAAGAUAAACAAAAUAGGAUAAACUCUAAUUUUAUGACGCCCUUGCAUAAGGUUGUCUCUGGGAUGGAAAGCAAUGUAUCAUGUUAAUAUUGAACGAUGCUACAGAUCGUGAAUUACGAUUGUAACAUUUAAAAGAAUUAGAUAACUACAAAGAUAAUCUCUUAGCAGCAGUAUCUCAUGAUCUAAAGACUCCUUUGCAUGUCUAAACACUCUUAACUAAUGUAAUCAAAACUAGUUUAGAAAAUAAACAAGAAAUAUAUAAAUCAGAAAUCUAAGAAAUCAUUAACCAUCUGGAAGAUAUGUUAGCAAACCAGUAAAUUCUAGCUACCAUGAUCAAUGAUCUAAUUGAUUAUUCAUAAAUGAAGACCUAAGGAUUAAGAUUGAAUCUAACGCAUUUUAAUCUAUCCUCAUGUGUUUAAUAAAUUAGAUAAAUGUUUAAGACAUAAAUAGAAUUAAAAAACUUAUCAUUUAUUAUUACUGACCUUAAUGAGAAGAUUAUUCUAUAUUCAGACCAAACUAGACUAUAAUAAAUACUUUUUAAUUUAAUUUCAAAUGCAAUUAAAUUUACCUUCUCUGGAAAGAUAUCCCUAACUAUUGAAAUCACACAGGCAUAUGAAACCAAAUUAAUCUAAUUUACUGUACAAGACACAGGACUUGGGAUACCUACUUAAAUAUAAAAUUAACUAUUCAAGGCUUACUCUACAUUUAAUUUAGGAAAUCAUAACCAAAAAGGAGUUGGUUUAGGAUUAGUUAUAUCAAGGAAUCUUGUUGGUUUAUUAGGACCAAAACCUUAAAUUGAAUUAAUUUCAAAAGAAAAUCAAGGCUCUUCCUUUAUUUUUAAAAUCUAUGCCAAUAUGUAAGAUAAAGAAAUCGAACCAUAAAAUUCUAGUUAUGAUCAAGAAUUUCCAGAAAAUGAUCCAUCCCCAAUUAAGUAAAUGCCUAGCUUUUCAAUUUUUUAAUAAUAACAAAGGUUAAAUCAAAAAGCUAAGACUCUUAUAGAUUUAUCUAAACAUCCUAAACAACUCCUAAGCAUACUGAUUGUGGACGACUAAGCAUUCAAUUUGCAAGCUCUUAAAUUAAUUCUAUAGAAAAGAUUAGUAAAACCAUUUAUAGAUGAAGCAUUAAAUGGAUAAGAAGCAGUUGAAAAAGCAAAUAAACAACAAUAUGACUUAAUUUUUAUGGAUAUUAAUAUGCCAAUAAUGAAUGGCAUUGAAGCAAUUCAGCAUAUCAGAAAACUUGAUGAAGAACGAUCACUGUAGUUAAAAAAAACAAUUAUAUGUAUUUUAUCAGGUGGAAACGAUGAUUUUGACCAAAAAUUAACUAAACGAAUUGGUGCUGAUAUGCAUUUAGGAAAACCUUUAUAAAUGAAUGAUCUAACAUUUCUCUUAGAGAAAUAUUAAUUAUUAUGA